AUGAUGGCCGGUUGUGGACCGAAGAUUGCUAAAUUCUUUUUGUUCAUCUUGAAUUUCUGCCUUUGGGUUUGCAGUAUUGUACUGAUCGCUGGAGGCGCUUUUGUGACAGCUGAGUACAAACCCUAUGUGGAUUAUCUCUUCUCAAACGACACCAUCCUGAUAGUAUCAUGGACGACGAUCGGGAUCGGGGUGUUCAUUUUCAUUGUCGGGUUCGCGGGGUGCUGCGGGGCCAUCCGCGAGAACUCGUGUCUUUUGAAAAUGUAUUUGAUGUUUGUUUUCAUCAUUGUUCUUGCUGAGCCUGUCUUGGGAAUUCUGACGUUUGUCUACAUUGGUGAUAUUGAGCAGAGUUUGGAAGAUGGUAUGCUGCAAUCAAUUAACGAAACCUAUGAUCUAAAGGCAGGUGCUACGGAAGCUGUAGAUGACAUCCAAAAAUUGUUUCACUGUUGUGGUGCUAAUGGAUAUAGUGACUACAAGAACUCAGAACAUCUUAAGGAGGGACUAGCAGUACCCGAAUCUUGCUGCGUCAUUAAGAACCACAUCACAGGAAUUACUGCCAACUGCACGAUGGGAGCCAAAGGUCAACCAACGUACCCUGAUCUUGUUUGGAUAGAUGGUUGUGUGGAUGCUUCAAAAGAUUCGAUAAAGAACUAUUACCUCAUCAUCCUAGCUGUGGCGUUUGGAUUUCAUGUCUUUGGGAUUCUUACUAUGGUGUUUGCUUGCUGUGUCAUUAAUGGCAUGAACAAGGAUGGAUACAAUAGAAAUAUAAACAGAGACCCCAACUCUCCCGCUUUCGGCGGGUGA